UCAUCUGAAGAAGAAGAAGACGAAGAAGAAACAAAAAGUAAACAUAUUUGUUUUGAUUUGUCAAACCGCCGAUGACAGCGAGCUGGGCAAAGCAUUCAGCGAAGGACUUGGUGACAUUUUAACCAAAUGCUUCAUGUGUAAAGAGUUUUCUGCGUUAUCAAUCAAGACAUUCGCAUGCACUAUUUUAGAUGCCAACAAGAAUUACUGCACACAACUCUAACUGGCAUGUGAAGAGUACUAGAGAUGUCAGUAUUAGCUAGAUACAAGUGAUGAAACCGAGACACCAGCAUCCUGCCGUGGCUGAGGACGGUGAGCAGAGACCAAUGGGAGGACUCGCAGGCUCAUCAGGCCAUUGUGGUCGGCAAACGUACAGGAGCUCGGCCCACUUCCGGAGCCUGCUCGAUGGCCUUCUUGCUCUGAGGCAAAGUGGCACCCUCUUUGAUGUGGUGCUUCUUGUUGAGGGUCAGCCUAUUCAAGCUCACCGCAUCCUCCUAGCAGCUUCCUGCGACUAUUUUAGGGGGAUGUUUGCUGGAGGCCUUCGAGAAGCACAGCAGAUGGAGAUCCCAGUACAUGGGGUAACCUACACAGCCAUGACAAAAAUACUUGAUUUCAUCUAUACCUCAGAGAUUGAGUUAGACCUGGACAAUGUACAAGAAGUCCUGAUUGCUGCCACUCUUGUACAGAUUGAAGAUGUCAUAAGCUUCUGCUGUGACUUCCUCUUCUCUUGGAUGGAUGAAAGUAACAUCUUAGAAGUGCAUAAACUGGCUGAUCUGUAUGGGCUGCAGCAGCUCGAUGCCAAAGUCUACUCUUACAUCCUCAGGAACAUCCAGACUUUUUCUCAAACUGAGGCAUAUCGACAGCUCCCAGCAGAUAAAGUCUUUAAAGUGCUGUGUAGUGAUGAACUUGAUGUGAACAGUGAGAAUGUGGUGUAUGAGGCAGCACUUCACUACCACUACAGCCCUCAGCAGGUGGAGACAGACCAGGUGUGCUUGCAGGACGAUCUGAAGAUGCUGGAGGCUGUGCGUUUCUGCCUCAUGGAGAAACAGGUGUUGCAGAAGCUGCAUGGCAAACUGAACCCAUGUCCACUGAAGGAGUCAGUUACAGCCGCCCUGCACUACCACGAGCAGGAGAUCUGGCAGCCCGUCCUCCAGGGACCGCUCACUCAGCCCAGGUCCAAGUUCCAUUGUAUUUUGGGCUUCGGGGGGAUGUUCAGCUCAGGCUCCCUUGCUGACAGCGAGGACUUGUUUCAAGUGUUUCACCCAAGCUGGGGGGAGUGGAGGACUCUCGCUGCAGCUCACGCCCCCCGAAUGUCCAACCAAGGUAUCGCUGUGCUCAACAACUUUGUCUAUCUGGUUGGGGGAGACAAGAACACCAGUGGAUUUCGUGCAGAAUCCCGUUGCUGGAGAUACGAUCCCCGCCACAACCGUUGGAGCUCUAUCAAGCCCCUGCAGCAGCAGCAUGCUGACCACUGUGUUUGUGUGGUGGGCGGCCAUAUAUAUGCCAUUGGAGGGAGGGACUACAGCAAUGAACUGGACUCAGUGGAGCGCUAUGACCCUCACACCAACACAUGGGAAUAUGUUGCUCCUCUUAAGAGAGAGGUUUAUGCCCACGCUGGAGCAGUGGUGGAUGGGAAAAUUUAUAUAACAUGUGGCCGUCGCGGAAUGGCGUACUUGAGAGAGACCUACUGUUUUGACCCCGAGGGCAACCAGUGGACAGGCUGUGCCGAGGGGCCCGUGGAGCGGGCGUGGCAUGGCAUGGCAUCUUUAAAAGGGCGGGUCUAUGUAAUCGGCGGAAGCAACGAUGAGCGUGGAUACCGACGUGAUGUCCUGAAGGUGGCAUGCUUUAACCCAGCAGCUAACUCUUGGUCUCUGGUGAGCCCUCUCCCUGCGGGACACGGAGAGCCAGGUGUGGCUGUGCUGGACAAUCACAUUUACAUACUGGGGGGCCGCUCUCACAAUAAAGGCAACAGGAUGAAAUAUGUCCACGUGUACAACACCGAAACAGACUGUUGGGAGAACGGGACAGAGUUUGAGGACCGCAUCUCGGGCUUGGCGGCCUGUGUGGUGCUGCUGCCUCCUGCCGUGAUGGGCCAGGCCAGGAGCUGGGAACAGCGCACCAAGUCGUCAUGGGAAGACGUGGACAUGGACAACUCGGAGGAUUCCAGCGAGGACUAAUGUGUGUCUCGGUUGUGGAGACAUAACAUUGUUGAACUCAGUCUAAUCUGGAGACGGUCAGGCACUUUGUUUUUCAGUAUGUGUAAGCUAAAGGACUUUGGAGAUGUUUUAACCCACAUUUUUGUUGCCAUGGUUAUGGCAGUGUUGCUUUCCUCCUUGCAUGUGCACAACUUUGAGUGCCUCUGAACCAAAGUGUCAUUCGGGGCCUUUAGACACCUCUUUGUUAUCCCUCAAAUAUGUGUACUUAUAUAAUCACAGUCCAUCCAUGAUUUCUUGGCCAACCUAAAUAUUAAUGCUUAUAUGGCUGUUCAUAAAUGAUUCUUGUUUUUUUCUGUCAUUGGAGCUAUUACUGCUUUUCUUUCUUUCUUUUUUUUUUUUCCAGAAAGAACAUUCAAAUUGUUAUGAACAGUACACGCUAUGCAAUAACAUGGUGAUAUGGGACACCCUCAGCUGACUAUGGUUGCUGUUUUAAAUAAAUGUUAGAUCUAACAUUGUCUUCUAAAACCAGUUCAGACUAUUAACAGCAGUUGUCACCUUUUGUAAAGUCCAUCAAAGUUAACUGAAUGGUCAGAAUCUGAGAUUAAAAGAUGUGCUUUUGACUUUUUUUUUUUUUUUUUUGCCAAAAAGUGCAGUGGAGGUGUUCACCCGCCUAAGAAUAAUUGUAAAUGAAGUGAUGAGUUUUAACAUUGUGCCUUGUUUUGUGGUGACGCUCUGAACCUGUGUUGUGCAUUUCUUUUUUUGUUUUUAAUGGAGAUGGGCCUUAGUUAUUGUGCCUCUAUAAAAAGGUAUAUGGUAAAAUACUGUAAUCUCAUUAGGGUUUUGCACUGAAUACAUGAGGCACUGGCAUUACACGAUGUACACCUCUCCCCAUAUAUGUGUUGCCAUGUCUGUUAAUUAAUGAUGAAACUCAUUUACAACAACUGUCUUGGUGUGGUGAAAGUCAAAUCCAUGACAUAAUUCAAAGAGUGCACACAAAAUGUUUGAGAAUGUUUUUUUUCAGGGUUGAGCAAGAGAGAGAGUCCUGCUUUGCUCCCUGUUUUGUUGCCUCACUCCACUGUUAUUCUGAUAAUGUGAAACAACAAUGUGAUACAUUUUAUGACAUCCAUACCACUAUGCAUACUAUAUGUGUCAUGGAAGGGGCUUUAAGAAAGAAGUGUGGACAGUUUCAAAAUGUUCUUUUUUCAUAUAAUAAAGAUACGUCUCAAGAUGAAAAUAUAUUGGAAUACACUGAACCAAGAGAUAAGCGUAUGCAAGUGAAUUAUCUAUGGGCAUAGUUUCAAAUUUAAUAAAAUUAGUAAUAUAUUG